UGAGCUCAGGAUACUGUAAGAAGGUCCUCCUGCUGAUAGAUCCACCCACGACCCAUCACCCUUGCCUUGCUCACCUCUACCCACGAUGUCGUCCAGUGGCUCAAGCUCGCUGCCACGAAUGAGCAACAUCGACGACGUCCUCGCCGUAGCCAUCGAGUGCGGCAGCGACCUGGCAAAGGUGGCCCAGUAUCUCCUCCCUGCCCUCAUCAAGCUCUGCAACAGUCACCAUGGCAAAGGUCAGGACGUACUCCUUCAAGCCGCCCAGGGCAAUCGUGAUCCAUUGACCAUCGUUGAUGCCCAGGAGCACAGCCUCGCCUACGUCUACAUCCUUGCAACCCGAGCCAACGACAGUCUCGAAGACGCUACCGCCUGGCGUGACCUCGUACCCUACAUCGACGUCUUCGUCUCCCACUUCCGAGCCCAGCAGCUUCACCUCGAAAACCCAAAGGUACACGACCUGGCCGUAGCCAUCACUGCCAUUGCAGCAAAGAAGGGCGUGGACCCAAAGUGGGGCGCAGAGACUCUGAACGCGCUCCUCUAUAGAUUCACUAGCCCCAUCCCUGGGCAGCUCACCACGCUGCACACCAUACUCGCUACUUAUCUCAUGGGCAUCGAUCAGCCAGGCUUUGCUCAUCAAUGGGUCUUGAGCCGACCACUGACGGACGCUAGCAGGCGAUACAGUCCAAUCAGAGCUACCGAUGUAAUCGAGUACUUCUAUGCUGGAGGCUGCGCCUACCUUCAAUUGGGCGAUUGGGACCGUGCGGAGAGCUUCUUCGAGCAGUGUAUCACCGUGCCUGCGCACUCGGCCCACGAUCGACAGGUGCUGGCAAACAAAAAGCUCAUUCUUGCACAGCUGCUCAGAGACGGCAAGAUCAAAGCUCUGCCUAGCUACGUUUCCCCACCAGUCGCUAGGAACCUCAGACGCUUCAUGCAGCCCUACACUGCUUUUGCAGACACGUACGCCUCAAAAGACCGUGGCAUCACUCAAUCCAGCCUCGAGGAGGUGGCUUCAAUUCAUGCUUCCGUCUUCGACACCGAUGGAGUCGUACCGCUGAUCACGAUACUCAUUCAGCGUCACCCACUGAGGAGGAUUCAGAGGCUAGGCAACUCCUUUACCAAGUUGAGCAUCAGGGAUGUUGUUGCAGUGCUUGCCCUUGUAGGCGCACAGGAGGCAGUGAGCGAUGCAGAACAAAGGGUUCUUGCACUCCUCCAACAGCUUAUCGCAAAUGGCGAGCUGCAAGCUACCCUGACUCCUCACGACCCCUCGCCCAUCUUGACCUUCAACCCAAGCACCGCUGUCCUCCCUGCCUCCGGAGGCGGAGCCGCAGCAGCAGCAAAGCCCUUUGCCUCUCUCGAGAGCAUCGCCACCCUCUCACAGCAAAUGCAUCUCCUGCAGCAGUGGAAUACCAGACUAGAUGCAAAGGAGAGGGAGAUUGCACGCAGCGCAAAGUAUGUUCAGAAGCAGCAGAGCGCAAUCAAUGCUGUCGGAGCCGGGAGGAUGGGAGGACCUGGAGGCCAGGGAGGACCUGCUGGAUGGGCAGGAGGGAUGAUGUUCGAUGACGAUGUCAACGAAGACGUCUUCGCCUAAUCACUCCAAACCAUGUCAUCAAGUCGAGCACGGCACAGCUUGUGAUCAUUCGGGACAAGAAGCAAGCAAAAGAAUCGAGCCUCGUUACGUGAUUGAAGUGACAUUGAUUGGAGCAGCGGGAUAUAGAUGACUUGAUCAAAAGGGACUGAGAUAACAAAGUGAAGAAAGAGAGAGAGGCAAAAUGCCACUUCUAUCCCCCCUUCCGCGGGGUGGCUUGUACUAUAGAAGAAAGCGAAGUCUAGAUCAUGAUCUUGCGUCGAAUUGAAACAAAGUGAAGCGAAGCAAGUCGAAUCGCCAAUGGAAUAUC